AUGCGCAGACCCUGCCAACCGCAUGCAGUUCUGGAGCAAGAGCUCAGCAUCUUGCUUCAGACGCAGAAACGAGUGGAAGAAAGUGCAGCAGCGAUGAUGAGAGGCUGUGAGCUUGACAUGGCGCGGGAGAUAAAGAACCGUGUCCGAACCAUCAAAAACCGACUGGCAGCAAAGAAGUCUCGUGAUCAAGCUAGAACAUACGUGCAGAAGCUUGAAGGCAGCCUCGCCUCGAUGGCUGCUCAAAAUGAAGCUCUUGCUCAGCGACUUGCGAUUGCCGAAUCAGAAAACGAAUCCCUCCGAUCUGAAAACACAGUACUCAAGCGCAAAGUUCCCGGGUCACAAGAUGAAGCAAGCACGGUUGACCUCGCCAAGAAUAUGCUCAAAAGCGGAACUGAUGUCAGCGCAACUCACUCGUCGGCUCAGCCCAUUCACCUCGCGGCUUUGUUUGGGAUGGGCAGCAGCAUUUCGGCACCGCCAGUUUGUGACAUUGACAGCCAGGAUGAACACGGUACGGGGAAAGGAGAUCUCUCUCUCGUCUCUAAAGAGAUCAAGGAACGUUUUGGUCUAUCUAUGUUCGAUACCAACAAGAAUAAGGACGACAUCGAAUGUCCUGAUGCAGACCUCGGCUCUGAAGAAUGGCGGAAAGAGAAGAGGAGGAGGCAGAAUCGCGAAGCCCAGCGCAGGCACAGGGAAAGGCAGCUAUGCCAGCAGAGCAGGGACAUGCAACCAAAGUUUCAGUUCGAUGGAGGCCUGCAGACUGCUCAGUGGCUUGCAAUGAAUACUUUGAAGCCUGAGAUGGAGCUUGCGGAGUGGACUCAGGCUGGUGGCGUUGGCGGGGUCAGCCUCAGGCCUCAUGACACUGUCGAUGAUCGAAUCAUCGGUCAUGACUUUGGGAUCUUGGCACCAGAUCAUCAGCACACGGCUGCUUCUCACCCUAUCUUCGACAUCAACACCUUCCCGGCUUCGCUGUCUCGAUCUUCUUCAACCGGCAACCUGGCGCUCUCCCGCCAGUCGUCUUCUGGGAACCUGAGCAAAGAGGUUGAAGAAAUGUGGCAUGCCGUAGGCAGUUUUGAUGAUUGA